GGACCAAUGAGGAGCUCGGGGGCGGAGGCGGAAGUGCCGCGCCGCUAUGGCGGCCGUGCCGGGGGCUGAGGUCGUGCACCUCAACGUGGGAGGCAAAAGGUUCAGCACCUCCCGCCAGACCCUCACCUGGAUCCCGGAUUCCUUCUUCUCCAGCCUCCUGAGCGGCCGCAUCUCCACCUUAAAGGAUGAGACCGGAGCGAUCUUCAUUGACCGGGACCCCUCCGUCUUCGCCCCCAUCCUCAACUUCCUGCGCACCAAGGAGCUGGAGGCGGGGGGGGUCAGCGCCGCGCUGCUGCUGCACGAGGCGCAGUUCUACGGCAUCACCCCCCUAGUUCGCCGCUUGCAGCUGCGGGAGGAGCUGGAGCGUUCCUCGUGUGGUUGUGUCCUGUUCACAGGGUACCUGCCCCCCCCAGCUCUCCCUGCCCGCCGCCGCAGCCGGCACAGCCUGGCAGGGCCUCAUCCUGCUCCGCGGCUCCCGGUGCCCGUGCGCCGCAGCCACACUCUGCCCCCGAGCCUGGGGCCCGCAGCGGACGAGCGGCCCCCCCCCGGUGGCUCCGGGAGCGAUGCCGGAGCCGUGCGCCUCGUGUGCGGGCACCACAACUGGAUCGCCGUGGCCUACGCGCACUUCCUGGUGUGCUACCGCCUGGUGGAGACCUCGGGCUGGCUCCAGGUCUUCUCCAGCCCGCGGCUGGAUUGGGCCAUCGAGCGCGCGGCGCUGAACGCCAAGGUCCUGGCCGGGGGGGGCCCCGGCGAGCGGGAGCAGAUGGUGGCGGCCGCCGGGGGGGGGGAGAUCAUCCUGUGGGCCCUGCGUGCCGAUGGCAACGGCAGCGAGAUCGGCGUCUUCGACCUUGGGGUGCCGGCCGAGGCGCUCUUCUUCGUGGGCAACCAGCUCAUCGCCACCAGCCCCGGUGGCACCAUCGGUGUCUGGAACGCGGUCACCAAGCACUGGCAGAUCCAGGACGUCGUCCCCAUCACCAGCUACGACGCCGCCGGCACCUUCCUCCUCCUGGGCUGCAGCAACGGCUCCAUCUAUUACGUGGACGUGCAGAAGUUCCCCCUGCGCAUGAAGGACAACGACCUCCUGGUGACAGAGCUGUACCGCGACCCCGGCGACGACGCCGUCACCGCCCUCAGCGUCUACCUCACCCCCAAGACCAGUGAGAGCGGGAACUGGAUCGAGAUCGCCUACGGCACCAGCUCCGGCGUGGUGCGGGUCAUCGUGCAGCACCCCGAGACGCUGGGCUCCGGGCCCCAGCUCUUCCAGACCUUCACCGUGCACCGCAGCCCCGUCACCAGGAUCAUGCUCUCCGAGAAGCACCUCGUGUCCGUCUGCGCCGACAACAACCACGUUCGGAGCUGGACGGUGACGCGCUUCCGCGGGAUGAUCUCCACGCAGCCCGGCUCCACGCCCUUGGCGUCCUUCAAGGUCCUGGCGCUGGACGAUGCCGCCGGCGCCGGCACCGACAUCGGGCCCUUCGGGGAGCGCGACGAGCAGCAGGUCUUCAUCCAGCGCGUGGUGCCGGACGCGUGCCAGGUCUUCAUCCGCCUCUCCUCCACCGGCAAGAAGAUCGGGGAGGUGCGCGCCGUGGACGCCGCCUCCAUCACCGCCUUCACGGUGCACGAGUGCGAGGGCUCGAGCCGCAUCGGCUCCCGCCCGCGCCGGCUCCUGGCCACCGGCCACGCCAACGGCAGCCUCCAGCUCUGGGACCUCACCACGGCCAUGGACAGGGCGGCCAAGCCCCCCGAUGCUGAGGGCUUGAGUGAGGAGGAGCUGCUGCGGCAGCUGGACCAGUGCGACCUGGCGCUGCCCGGGCCCCCCCGCGCACACGGCCCCCGGCCCAUCCCCACAGCGACGCCGUCUCCAUCGCCCCCCCCGACCCCCCCCAGCACCGCCGGCUCCUCCUCCCCCCCCCCCCAGCCCCACGCUUGGGGGGCAGAAGGAGCCCCUCGGGGGGGGGGUGGGGGGGCCAAAGCCAAAACCCCCCGGCCCCCUCCCCCUCCCCGCAGAGCCCCCCCCACCUCCUCCUCCACCCCCCCCGCCCCCCCCCGGGCUCUGCCCCCCCCUGGGCUGCCCCCCCCCGCUGCCCCCUCGGUGCCCCCCAAAGGGAGGCUCAAUGAGACGGCGUUUUGA